GGAUUCAUUUCUUACGGGUAGAUGGCGGAAAGAUUAAACGCAAACAGGUUCUAAAAAUGAAUCAUGUCUGUUAUGGAAUUGCGCAUGUCGAUGCAGAAGUGUUUGUGACUUCCGGUACUGCGUUGUACGAAUACACAAUGGACGGACGGUUAGUUAAGAAGUUAUACGAAGAUAGUACUGGACCAGACCGAGUUGUAGGUGUGGGGGUGAGUCCUGAUGGGAAGAUGAUCUAUGUGACGGAUAUAGUUAAUGGCAUGCUUCGCACGCUGACCAGGGAUGGAACAGUCACAGCUACGUUCCAGGAUCCCGCAUUCAAACAUGGCUGGAUUAUAGACAACAUACAUGUGGCAGCCACAGGGCAGGUUUUCGUCUUUGGUGACAACUCCAUAAGUCAAGUGGAUACAGUCGGCAAGACAAUCCUCAAUACCAUCUCUGUUGACAUUGCAAACCCUGCAUCUGUCUACUUUAAUGAAGAAACGAGAAAACUAAUAGUUGGAUUUCGGAGCCAUUACAACAUCAAUGAGUACAAAACAAAAACAGUUCCGACUUUUUAAUUGACAAAGAAAGCAAAUACAGUAAGUAAUUACAGCAUUACGUAAUUUAUACUAUUAUUCAUUUAUUAACCGAAUUUCUAUUUCAAUAAAUUAAGAAGCUUUUAUAAUUAAA